UGUAUCAUCAACUAAUGAAUAGAUAGCUGAGUUGUACCCCCCUAUAUUCAAAAUGUGUGAAAAAUUGCAGAUAAAUCAUGAAAAUAAAACAACUGGACCUCAAAAGUUACGGACUUUAACUGGGCAAAAAUGUAAAUGUGCUCUGGAGAAUUGUACAACUUGUCAACUAUACCAUAAUGAUAAACAGAGAGGCAGUGAUCCUCCAACUGAGAUUUCUGUGUGUGACAUUUGCCAAAAAAGUUUUAAAUCCUUAUCUCAUUUGGCUUCUCAUAAAAUUGUACACACUCCAAUGCAAUGUUACAUAUGUUGCCACUGUGAUAAAAGCUUUAACAUUGGAGAAGAAUAUGAUCUACACUUAGCAACACAUUUUAGGUAUAAGCCAUUUAAAUGUGAAAUUUGUGAAAAAUGUUAUGUAGAUAAACGUUAUCUUAAAGCUCACAUUAGAUUGCAUAAUGGAGAAUCAAUUCACAAAUGUGAGAAAUGCAAUUACACAACACCUUAUUUAUCUCUGCUUAAAAGACAUCAAAAGAUUCAUUCAAAUCCUCAAUCAAUUAUAAUUCAGGUAGAUGGUGUUGAUAAAUUACAUACUUGUGAUAUUUGCCAAAAAGGUUUUGAUUCCUUAGCUCACCUGUCAUCCCAUCAUCUAAUACAUACAAAUAUGCAGUUUUAUAUAUGUGACCAUUGUGACAGGGGUUUUAACUUAUCAGAUGAAUAUGAUCUACACCUUACAAAAACACACUUCAGACACAAACCUUUUAAAUGUUCAGUAUGUGAGAAAUCUUUUACCAGGAAAGAUGCACUAAGAGUUCACACAAGCAUUCAUACCAGGGAUUUACUAUACAAGUGUGAUACAUGUGAAUACACAUCAAAUGAAAAAACUGCUUUCUUAGUUCACAGGAGAGUUCACAUGAAUACAAAGCCUCACAAAUGCAAUGCUUGUGACUAUUCAACAGCUUCUAGAGGAUCUCUAGUAAAUCAUUUAAGGAUUCACUCUGGCGAAAAGCCAUACUGCUGCAACAUUUGUGAUAAACGAUUUAACCAGCGUAUAAUCUUAAUCCGCCACAAACAACGUAUUCAUUUAGUCUAAUGUUUUCACUGAAAACAAUAU